GUGUGUUUUCUGCUCUCUUCAGCAAGUGCUCCUGUCAAUCAAGAAGCCAAACAAGAUGGCAGACACAGGACACUGGGCUUUGGCAUUGACAGUCUGCGCAGCCGGGCUCCUGUUGGUCCGGUCAGACAUCAUCACCGAGGCUCCGGCGGGACAGCUGUUUGUCUAUGAGUUACACCGAGAAAUUUUCCAGAGUGAAUUUGAGCCUUUUCAUAAAGUCUUCGGUCAAUUUUAUAAUGAUCCCAUGGUGUUUAAAUGCAACAAGGAGAGAUUCCCCGAUCUGCCCCGCUGGCUCCGCUUUACCCAGAGGGAUUCUUACGACAACGGAUUCCUGUACGGGACGCCACUGCCACAGGACCAGGGCCGGAACAUCAUCGAGAUAUUUGUGAUCAACAAACGCAGUUAUGAAACAUCUCGAGAGAGGCUGGUGAUAAACGUGGGUCCUGCAGUGAAGCACCUGCCGUACCAGGCCGAGUUCCUCAUCGAGCGGAGAGAGAUCGAGAAGGUUCUUCCGGCUGCUGUUCAAGAGGAGAUUCAGCUGGACAUCCAGCACCUGUGGGGAACCAGCAGACUGCACUUCGUCAACAUCACCUCUGCUCUGGACAGAGGCGGCCGCGUACCCCUUCCUCUUCCGGGGUAUUUUGAGGGUGUGUAUGUGAAACUGGGUUCAGACCAGCCCUUUUCCCAGUGUAUGCUGAACCUGGAGACGCCGGCGCAGCAGAGAGAGUGUGUGUCCGGAGGAAAGGUCAGCGGAGACUGCAGCACCUGCACAAACCCCAUCAACUGCAUCAGCUGGUGCCACACGGUCCUGUUCGAUCUGUCCAAGCCUGUUCCCCGUGCUCCGGUCCCCACGGUGGGUUCAGGUGUCCUCGCGUGGGGCGGAGAGUUCAGUCCUCCAGAGUCUCCACCCGACAGAGAUUUCCUCCCAGACUACAUCGUCACCGUCAUCGUUCCCUUUGCUCUGGCGUUGAUCCUCUGUCUCAUCCUGGCGUACAUCAUGUGCUGUCGGAGAGAGGGAGUUCAGAAACGAAAUACCAAGACCCCUGAUCUCCAGCUGUACCAUCACCACACCAUCCAGGACAACGCCAGCGAGCUGCGGAGGAUGGCGGGCGGCGACCGGCUCACGGUGGAUCCGCCUCGACAGUGCUUACAGCCACUCCUCAUGGCGGAGCAGGGCAUGGCCGAGCGCUGAGCAACACCACAUGCUUUAACUUUCACUAUUUGUUUCUUUGAGUGUCUUUGCGAAACACUUCACCAAAAAAAAAAAAAAAAAAAAAA